AUGCUCAUCGGACUCGGCUUCUUCCUCCUCUACCAGGUGUUCAUGUACCCGUGGAACCUCUACUCGGGACCGUUGGACUAUCUGCCUGAUGGUGAAGACACCGACGUGGCAGGAGGUUGCUAUCAAACUUAUGAGUGGUGUAAAUGGACAACGAGAGUUCCAUUACCCAUUUACUUGAUUUGUUUUAUUGUGUUCUUUGGAGUGGCUUUCCCAUUUGUGGAAUCGCCGUCCGCCGCACUUUAUUCAGAGAUUUUGGGACCAAGAAAACAGGGAAAUAUGCAAGGAUUGUUCUCAUUGGGAGGUAGUUUGGCACCUGUUAUUGGCUCAUUGAGCUCAACAGCCCUAUUCCAAGCCACCGGAUUCCGAUAUGUGAUGGUUUAUCAGGCAGGGAUUCUGGUGAUUGGAGCUGUGCUGGUGUUGGUUUUCUAUAAAAGAUUGGUGCCGUUGAGACUGAAGUCAAUUAAGAAAACUUAA